AUGCUCUAACAGGAAGCGGGUUUGAGGAGCUGCACAGCUUCCUGCCCCCCCAGGGCUGAGCGGGGCGACAAGGGCGAGUGCCAGGCCGGCCACGAGACACAGCUUCUUGCCAGGGUCCUGGCAGCUUCCUCUUCCACAGCCACUUCCGUGUGGCCGGGGCCCCAGAGGCAGGAGCUGCUGCCCGUUGCCCAGGCCACCCUCCACCCCCAGUUCGGAGCCCUGCCCCCCUGGGGCCGGGCCAAGCCCAGAGGCUGGCUUGGGAUCCCAUGGGGGACUGGUAGGGCAAAGGUCUUGGGGGACAGAGGUGGCUGGGCCAGAGCCCUGGGGCUCCGGCCAUGAAGUCUCGGCAGAAAGGAAAGAAGAAGGGCAGCUCGAAGGAGCGGGUGUUUGGGUGUGACCUGCAGGAGCACCUGCAACACUCAGGCCAGGAGGUGCCCCAGGUGCUAAGGAGCUGUGCAGAGUUUGUGGAGGAGUAUGGAGUGGUGGAUGGGAUCUAUCGCCUCUCAGGGGUCUCCUCCAACAUCCAGAAGCUUCGGCAGGAGUUUGAGGCAGAGCGGAAGCCAGACCUGCGGCGAGAUGUUUACCUCCAGGACAUUCACUGUGUCUCCUCCCUGUGCAAGGCCUAUUUCAGAGAACUGCCAGACCCCCUGCUCACUUACCGGCUCUACGACAAGUUUGCUGAGGCCGUGGCAGUGCAAUUGGAGCCUGAGCGCUUGGUCAAGAUCCUAGAAGUGCUUCGAGAACUCCCUGUCCCAAACUACAGGACCCUGGAGUUCCUCAUGCGGCACUUGGUGCACAUGGCCUCAUUCAGUGCCGAGACCAACAUGCACGCCCGCAACCUGGCCAUCGUGUGGGCCCCAAACCUGCUGAGGUCUAAGGACAUAGAGGCCUCAGGCUUCAAUGGGACAGCAGCCUUCAUGGAGGUGCGUGUGCAAUCCAUCGUCGUCGAGUUCAUCCUCACGCAUGUGAACCAGCUCUUUGGGGGCGCUGCCCUCUCUGGUGGUGAGGUGGAGAGUGCAUGGCGAUCACUUCCGGGGGCCCGGGCAUCAGGCAGCCCUGAGGACCUUAUGCCCAGGUCCCUGCCCUACCACCUGCCUAGCGUCCUGCAGGCUGGCGAUGGCCCCCCACAGAUGCGGCCCUACCACACUAUCAUUGAGAUUGCAGAGCACAAGAGGAAGGGGUCUUUGAAGGUCAGGAAGUGGAGAUCUAUCUUCAAUCUGGGUCGCUCUGGCCAUGAGACCAAGCGUAAACUUCUGCGGGGUGCUGAGGACAGGGAGGACAAAUCCGAUAAGGGGACUCUGCGGCCAGCCAAGAGCAUGGACUCACUGAGUGCUGUGGCUGGGGCUAGUGAUGAGCCAGAGGGGCUGGUGGGACCCAGCAGCCCUCGGCCAAGCCCGCUGCUGCCGGAGAGCUUGGAGACUUACUCUGUGGAGGCAGCAGAAGGUGAACAGGAGCCUGAGGCAGAGGCACUGGGUUGCACGAGCUCUGAGCCAGGCACACCACGAGCUGGGCGGUCAGCGAUCCGUGCUGGGGGCAGCAGCCGUGCAGAGCGCUGUGCUGGUGUCCACAUAUCAGAUCCCUACAAUGUCAACCUUCCACUACACAUCACCUCUAUCCUCAGUGUGCCCCCAAACAUCAUCUCUAACGUCUCCUUGGCCAGACUCACUCGUGGCCUUGAGUGCCCCGCCCUACAGCCCCGGACAAGCCCUGCCUCUGGCCCUGGCCGUGGCCCCGGCCCCCCAGAUGAGAAGUCGGAGGCAAGUCCAGUCCCAGGUCCCCUGGCUGACUCAGGCCCAGCGGACGUGGCCCCUGCCCUGGAGGACUGCCUGUCCCAGGAGGUGCAGGAUUCCUUCUCCUUCCUAGAGGACUCAAGCAGCUCAGAGCCGGAGUGGGUGGGGGCGGAGGAUGGGGAGGUAGCCAAGGCAGGAGCAGCAGGAGCAGCCUUCUCCCCUGGGGAGGACGACCCUGGGAUGGGCUACCUGGAGGAGCUCCUGGGAGUUGGGCCUCAGGUAAGGAGGAGCUGUGCUGGGUUUGGGGGUGGUAAGAAUCCAGAGGGUGGACAGGGCCACCUGGUCCUGAGCCAUAAUGUGUGUCUACAGGUGGAGGAGUUCUCCGUGGAGCCGCCCCUGGAUGACCUGUCUCUGGAUGAGGCGCAGUUUGUCCUGGCUCCCAGCUGCUGUUCCCUGGACUCUGUUGACCCGGGGCCCGAAGCAGAGGAAGAAAGUGGGGAGGAAGUCUUCCUGAGUGCCUAUGAUGACCUAAGUCCCCUUCUGGGGCCCAAAUCCCCAACCUGGGAGGGUCCAGGCAGUCUAGAAGAAGAGGUAGCAGCAUGUGAAAGACAGGAGGCUCUAGGAAAGGCUGAGGGAGAGCAAGCAUGCUGGGAAGUUGGAGAGGAUACAGAAGCUGAGCCUGGAAGCAGAUGGGAUAUCAGGGAGGAGGCUGAGGGGAGUCCAGAGAGUGAGGUGGAGGAUGGAGAGGCUGGUGAGAAAGAAAGGGAGGCUAGGGGAAGCCAAGAGAUGAUGGCCCACUUGAGAGAAGAGAGUGGAGAAGAGAAAGAGGCCAAGAGAGAGGAGUCCAAGGGUCAGUGGGAGGAUGAGAGUAUGGAAGAAGCUAAGAGUGUAGAGGAAGUAGGAGGAAGGCAGGGUAAAGACAAGGAGAAGGAAAGAAAGACUGAGAGAGAGGAAGAGGCUAAGGAAGGAGAGGAAGCCCAGGUAGAAGCUGGAAGGGACCCAGAGCACAGGGCCCGCGAAAACCAAGUUGCUGAGGAGAGCUGGGAAGUCGUACACAAACAAGAAGCUGACGGAGGCAGAGAGGAUGAGGUCAAGGGACAGAGUGGGGAUGGGGACCAAGAGGCAAGAGAAGACCAAGGAGAUGGUGAAGAUAGCAAGAGCCCGGACGCAGCAGCUGAAGGAGGAGUAGGGGAGGUGAGCAAGGAACGAGAGAGUGGGGAUGGAGAGGCUGAGGGAGACCAGAGGGCUGGAGGUGACCAUUUAGAAGAGGCCUCCCUCCCUGAAGGGUCACAUGUAGAGUCCCUGGAGGUUGAUAGUGCCAAAGAGGGCAAUGCCCAGUCCUCUGAGACAGAACAGGCAGUCCCACAGCCACCCCGGCCAGAAGAGAUGGAGCCUGAGGGGCAGCCCAGUCCAGAGGGCUGCAAUCUGUGCCCCUGUCCCUUUGGCUCAGCUGGAGGUGUGGGCAUGCGCCUGGCUUCCACCUUGGUUCAGGUCCAACAGGUCCGCUCUGUGCCUGUGGUGCCCCCCAAACCACAGUUCGCCAAGAUGCCCAGUGCAAUGUGUAGCAAGAUCCAUGUGGCACCAGCAAACCCAUGCCCGAGGCCUGGCCGGCUUGAUGGGACUCCUCGGGAAAGGGCUUGGGGGUCCCGAGCCUCCCGAUCCUCUUGGAGGAAUGGGGGCAGUCUUUCCUUUGAUGCUGCUGUGGCCCUGGCCCGGGACCGCCAGAGGACUGAGGCUCAGGGAAUUCGGCGAACCCAGACCUGUACUGGGAGUGAGGACUACAGCCUCAACCCCAGAACCUCCCCCUGUAGCAUGAUCCCUGCUCAUUCUCUUCGGCCCUUUAGCUGCCUGGAACUCCAAUCUGAAGGCACAGAAGGGUCUGGACCCCGGAGUCGGCUUAGUCUUCCCCCCAGAGAACCACAGCCCCCUGACCCCCUUACGCCCCCCCAGCGCCGAUCCUAUGCAUUUGAAACACAGGCUAACCCUGGGAAAGGUGAGAGACUGUGAUUAGGACCAGAGUACUGGGCAAAGGGGACAGUAAGUUGUCUUGAAUCUCUGGGGUCCCUGACUAGCUGUCUCUUCUGCAGCCCGAGCAGCUAUAGUGCCCAACUCUAUAGGCUUUGGCCCUCCAGCUUCUCUUUUUGACUGUGGGAGGCACUGCCUUGGUUGGUUUACCUGAGCUUAUCUCAGACACAAAGCACUUAUCCUUUAGGAGAUUCCCAAGCAAGUCACCAAGAUCCUGUUCCCAGAGAGUGAGGUCAUUGGCCAAAGGGAACAAAGAGCAGGCAGAAAACUUAGAGGUUUCUCAAAGUGAAGAAAGAAGGGGGAACUCCAGCGAAGUUCCUGCCCUCCUCUGAGGCUGUGAACUUCUCUUCAUGCAAGCCCAGGGUGGAGGUGGGGAGGACAGGGCCAGGUCAGAGACUAUUACACCCAAACAGUUCUAGAGCUUCCCAUCCUUGUUCUGCUCUUGGGCUCUUGGAUACCUCCUGACCCUCUUAGCUCCACACUAGGAGGAACAUGUCCAGAAAGCUCUUUGAAGCCCUCGGUGUUUGUUGGAGGGACUGACCCCCUUUCCAGCUCCUCCACCCUCUGCCUCUGGUCACAUUAAGGAUGAGAGGUCCUGUACAGAUCUCUCUGGCCUCUCCUUUUUCCUUUGGAAUAACUUCCUCCUAUUUCAGGGAAGGGAAAUGGAGUCACUAAGGCUCUGGGACUGCUUCUCCAGAUAGGCUGGGGCUACAGGUCCCAUUCUAGUAAGGGGUGAUGUCUCAGAAUAAAAGUUGUACUUUUACAUGUAAA